UACCGUGCGCCAGUGCCAUCCAUCGCAUCCGAUCCGCGUAUACGAGCGCGCGCGAGAAGAGAAGCAGCAGCUGCUCUCGUGUAAUAUACGCGCGCCCGCGCGAGUGUCUCAGAGUGUGAACCUCGUAAAAAAGCACAAGUUUCGAGUCGGUGCAAGCUGACCGAGUAAAAAAGGUUCGAUCGUGUGAAGUGUGUGUGCAUCGUUGAAAAAAUGAAGCAGCUGCUGGUGCUGCUGCUGGCGACGGUGCUGGUGUCGGUGCUGGCCCAGCGAGCCGAGGCCGCCUGCCAGGAGGUCGAGAAUCGCGACCUAAUUGAGUGGCGCUGCGAGGGCGGCGCCAUCGACGACCUGCUCCAGGUGCCCAACAACGUGGAGAAGCUGCGCGUCAGCCAGAUGAACGUGGGCCGACUCGACGGCUCGCUGCUCUCGCGCUUCUCCAACAAUCUGCUCGUGCUGUCGUGCUCGCACUGCGGCAUCGGCGAGAUCGACGACCGGACCUUCCGCGACCUCGGCAAUCUCCAGCAGCUGAGCCUCGACAACAACAAGCUGCGCGAGGUGCGUGCCGCCUGGUUCCAGGGCCUCGUCUAUCUGACCUUCCUCGAUCUCAAUUACAACGAGAUCGAGCGGCUGGACGGCAACGUGCUCGCCGAGCUGCCCGGCCUCGUCGAUCUGCGACUCUCCGGCAACAAGCUGCAGUGCCUCGACCUGCAGGCCAUGUCGAGUCUGCGCUCGCUCCAGCGCGUCUACGUCAACGAGAAUCCGGACUUCGGCUGUCCGAACGCGCUGCGCGACUUUCUGCGCGAGCGCGAGAUCGACUUCGAGCCCGAUCCCAGCUGGGAGCAUCAACCGAUCGAUCGGAUCUUCGUCGCCCGGCCGUACACGGGUGGCCACUCGUUUCCGCCUCCGAGCCCGACGCCGAUGAUACCCACGACGCACGGGCCCGUCGUGUCGUUCUCCGAUUUCACCGAGCCCCCGAGGACUCUGCCGCCGAGACCAGCGCCGACCAAUCCGCCGCCGCCGUCUUGGGGCCCGAGCACGCCCGGUAACUACGAGAUCAAGCCGACCAUGUACGACCCUCUCAACGUCACCACUACCAUGAAAGUCAUGAUAGCCGGUCAUCAGCAACAGCAACAGCAGCAGAAAUUGACGACCGAGCCGCCCAACAAGUCCUCGAGUUAUAGGAGCUUGCCCUCCUGGACACUGACACUAGUCAUCCCCUCGUUGCUCUGCUUGUUGUCGGAUCGUCGCCGCUGAAGAACUCCACACACCGACAGUAUUACACGUUCUCGAUGUUAUUCCAUAGCUAAACUGCGCUUACGAGUGUCUUAUUAUACAUAUAUAUACAUGGGCUCGAGUUCUUGUGCAUACCCAGCCGCGCCUUCGUAUACAUAAUAUAAAUUAUAUACGUAUAUAAAUAUAGUGUUACUUGCAUUGUUGUUUUGUCAGCGUUGAAAUCUUUCGCCGCCGCUGCUGUUGCUGUUUGCUGCUACUAGUGCUGAUGUCGUGAUUGUUGUUGAACGACACUAUGAUGUAUAAUGUAUUAAUUUUUAUUUCAAUGUGCUUCAAAAAAAGCAGCGGGGAUGCGUGUGUGCGUGUGUAUGUGCGCGCGAGUUUUGAACCGAAAAGUGAUCAACCGAAUUCGACCUCGUAGCGUUUCCGAUCCGAGCGGCUAUCUUUAAACGACGUACGGAAGUCUCAAUUUAGUGUAAAGCCAGCUUAUAGACUUCGUUAUUUAUUUAAAAGUAGCGAGCCCUGUACCGGCAAUCAAUAGGCGCUUUCCAUUGUUUUUUCCUUCAAUCUUAGACAUGUAGGAACACGUCUUAAAAUCGUUAAAAGUCAGGCAGUCAUAAUACACUUGUGCAGUGUUUGAAUGGUCAAUCGGUAUGCGUUGAUUCCUCAAAUUUAUGUCAAGAGAAUGGAUAAACGAACUGCUAUAUCGCUUCUCGUAAAUGCAAGAUCGGCCUAAGCUUGCUCCGAAAUGAUCGUAAAAAUAUAUUAAAUUAAUUAAUGAAUGUUUGUAGUUUACUACUGCGAGCGAGUAGUAGCCAAAGAGUCAAAUAUCUUAAGUACAUUAAUCAGUUAUUUUGUAAAAUACAUAUGUUAUAAAAAAUAUUUAAAUUCGAUCAAUGUAACUUUGCUAAUAUCAUGCGACAUAGUUGAAAUUUAAGCAUAAUAACGUAAAUUAAAUUCUAUUAGAACCUGGUAUUAAUCGUUCAAGUUUUACAAAAAAUUAAAAUUCAUAAGAAAACACUUUAAUCUUACUUUUGCAAUUAAGUAAUUUAAAGAAUGUUACAAUUAACAGCUUUUUUAAAUUCCAUCAUUUUGUACAAUUUCAUUGGUUCCUAAACUAGGAUUGGUGGUAAUUAUCUGGUUUGUUGUUGACAAUUAAAAAAAAUGUUAAAGUAAAGUAAAUGUUAAAUUAAAUUAAAUGAAUAUAGAGAACAAUACAAAGGAAAAAGGACAUUUUGUCAAUAUUUUUUAGCUCUUUUGCACCAAAUGAUAAAUCGAUAUUUUAUAUCAUAAUUAGUAAAUUGUGAAAUACUUGUUGCGCAUAAUCAAAUAUUUUAUUAAAUGUUUUGCACAAUUUAAUAUAUAAUAAUAUUAAUAUAAUAUAUAAUAAUUAAAAAGCUUUGCAUGAGCAUAGUGUAUAAUAUAAAUUAUAGAUGAAUAAGUUAGUAGAUGUAAUAACUGUAAUUAAAUUCGCGAGUCACGUUAAUUAGUGUACUACACUUAUAUCAUUACAAAUGUACAAUAUCCUUGUAUAUUUUUAUGUGGAGUGCGACAUAACUUUCAAUGUGUCAUGAUAUAAUUAUGAUAUAUAUUUUUGUAUCACGUUAUAACACGCGGCAAAAAAAGGCUUGCGCAGGGCAUUUAUGAAUGAAAAAAAAGAAGUUUAUAUUGUUAACAGCAGGAUGAUAUGAUAAGCUUUUUCUUGGAAAACACAGAAAGUGAAGGAUUGUGAGUGUAUAAGUAUGUAAGACGAGUGUGUACUAUAUAUCUUAUUACCCAGUUGGUUCGCGUUAACAAAAAUGCCAGGGAGACUGUGUUGGACAUGAUGCUGUUUAAUCGAGGCAAAGCCUUCAAAGAGCAAAAAACCCAAGGAAUAAAUACACGAGCGAGAGAUGAGCGACACAACUAUUAUUACGGCUGCUGCUGCUGCUGGCAGGCCGAUGAUUAGCUCUAGCUACAUAACGCGCGUUAUCUUCGCAUUUGUGCAGCUUGAGAUCGCCCUUACAUAAGCUUUUGAUAUAGUCUCUUUGAUGUUUUUGUAGUUAAGUUUUGGUUUCGAGCGGGACUAGAUUGCUCGAGCCUCGCGCUCGCUCUUGAUGCUGCAAAAACUCGCGACCGAUCGCGCUCGUUUGUGCAUCGGCUGUAACGCGCCAGCACUUCAGUACGUACCAUUAAAUUUUACUACGAUUCUCAGAUUUGCGCGAGCGCCGCGCGCGACUUGAAACGAAUAUUUUGUCGCCGAUGUUAUAACUACUCACGCUGCAAAAUGCCUUUAUAUUGACUGCAUCGAACAUCGGAGCGCCUAUAUACACACGAUCGCUUCAAUAAGCCAUACUGCCCGACCAACUCGUAUUUAUCUAUUAUAAGUGUUAAUAAUUUGCGUUUUGGUUACGCAGAUACGUCUACGAGUGCGAGCAUUUUUCAUUAACGUACCUUUGAAUAAUGCCCGCGCAUGUGCGCUACUUGCUGCGAUUAAGAAAAAAAAAAGAACGGACAAUUUUCUUAUUUGAUUUAAAAGUUGCGAAAUAAUUCAACAGACGGUUUGUUUGCAUACCACUGCUGUGCUUAUGUAUCUACGAACUGACUUCGAAAGUCAACAAAAGUAACGACGAUAGACUUGUAAAGUUGAAGAGGUUUAAAAAUGUAAUUUUUAACUCGAUCUAUUCUCAACUCUUCGGAAAAAAGUGACCUAGAUAUAGUCUCAUAAUGGAAUUCAAAAAUGUUGUUAAUUACAGAGUUUUUUUGCGUAUUAAUUUUCACACAUCUUGCACAAUAAUUGGUGGUACAUAAUGCCUCAUGAAUUGACACAUGUUCUUAUUCCUUAAGCGUUUUGAUGUUUGAACAAAGAAAAACACUCGCAAAGCUGUUACUAUCAUCAUUUUUAUUAUUGGGACAAUGAACAUUUUUUUAAAUCAAUUUUAUUAUAAAGUUUUCGUAGAGUGCUGAUGUUUAAUCCAAGAAAAAGAUUAUUUACAAUAAAAUCAAGUUUUACGAAACAAA